AUGACUUCCCUGACACAGCGGAGCUCGGGCCUAGUGCAGAGGCGGACCGGGGCCUCUCGUACCGCCGCCGCCGACAAGGACGGAGGGUCCGGGGAUGAGGACUUCGAGCCCCGCCGCGGGGAAGAGCAGCAGGAGGAGCAAGACAAGGGAGACUCCAAAGAAACUCGACUCACUUUGAUGGAAGAAGUGCUACUCUUGGGAUUGAAGGACCGCGAGGUAUAAUUACAUUUUUGUAUUUAUUUUACAACUAAAACCAUAUUUAGCUGGUUGGGUAACGUUAGCUAACGUUAUUCAAAUACGUCAAAUAAAAUGGACUAACAUGCGAUAGCUAGUUACAUUUAGUCAACAUCAAAUUAUUACUAGCUAAUGCUAGCUAGUUAACUGCACAGCUAACUAGCGUUACCUACCUAUUUAGUUAUCUAGUUACGUUUACAUUGACUUGCUGGCUACAUUGACAAGGUUUUAACUAGGUAGUUAAUUUUUAGUGCCAAAAAGAGACUAACGUUAGCCCUUGAUCAUGCCAUUGGACCAAGGCGUCUUCUGUAAGGGGGAAGUUUUGUUAAGAGCCCCGACGCUUGGUCUGAACAACGCUAGCGAUACGGUUUUGGAAGCAUAAGGAACCUCUUUUAUAAUAUCAGCAUAAAUCAAUUUUCAAAAAACUAUCUAGAUACACACGGCGAGGCGUGGUUUAACUUGACCAGUAGGGUACAGCAAUAGGCUACUCCCAUGUAAUAAGCCUAACUUGGGCGGCAAACUACUAAGACUUUUUUGUUGUUGUUUUAAAUAAACGUUUUCAGCAGCCUCAGGUGUCGUUAUAAACACACUUGGCUGUCACAACAACAAAUGAUUUGCAUGAUACUUAUUCUGCCACUCUUAACUUGUCACUCGACUUGCUGACGGUAAAGCUGUCGCACCAUACUUACGUCACUGUUUGUUUACCCCCUAGUCCUUUUGCCAGUUAACAUGUGUCAGCUGGCUGGCGAGCGAGAGAAGUUCAUCUCGAUCUAAUUAGCUAGUUAGAUAUGUUGCGUUACUACUGCGUCUUUACCUGCCCUUGAAAGGGAUUUAGAAAAGUUGAUUCUUGUUGGCUUGCCUAUAUGUUCUUUCAACUUCCUGGAGAAUAGCUGGGCAGACAACCCUACCAAAUGGCCCAAAGUAGCUUAUGGCGAUAUCUACACCUACUUGGUGGAAUCUCCAGGUUUGCAUAAAUAUCCAAAUGCAGAAUAAUAUUAUAGCUGUUAUUUAGACGGAUACAUCUCACUAGGCCUUUACUACAAGCUAACUAGCAAGCUUGAUGCAAUACACAUAGCUAGUUAGCUGCAUACACGUGUUAUCGACUUACCGGUGAUGAAUUGCCUCGAACACACCGAUCUAUGGAGUAACCAGAGCCCAAAGCUUUCCAUCAUCAUCGUGGCGUAAUAGCCUGAAAUCAUGAGCUUCAUCUAACCUGGUCCUUGGGCAGUUUGAUUAAACUUAGUGGGUGGUCUUUUUUCUCCUUUUGUUCAAACAAAGCUCCGCAAACAGCUUUUCACUCGCUCUGAGACCAUGAAGUAGAUGUUUCCCUUUGCUCUGCAAGGACCGCAGCUUUUGUGGAGCGACGGGUAACGAUGCUUUGAGGGUGACUGUUGUCGAUGUGUGCAGAGGGUCCCUGGUUCAAGCCCAGGUUGGGGUGAGGAGAGGGACGGAAGCAACACUGUUACAUCGUUUUGAUGUGAUAUGAAAGUAAAGGGCUUUAUGUUUCUAGAACCGUAUUGUAAUUGAGAAUCAAUUCACUUUUAGAUGGAGUAUUUGGCUGUUUUGGCUGGCAGAGCCAGUCUACCUCAGAAUAUAACAUAAGGAGAAAGGGUAGGGUAUAGACCAGUGGUCACCAACCGAUCGGUCUCCAUUCUUUGUCGAUCACCAAACACUUCUGUAAAAAAAACAACAACGAUAAAGCCUUUGCGUUCAUAUUUGUUUUUAUUCGUUUCGCACUGUUGACGGUAGGUGCACUUGAUUCAGCAGCCCUAGUGCCCGGAAGGUAGUGUUCAUUUCAUGUGUCUGAAGGUAGAACUCUGCCUACCCAGCAGGCCCAGAGAGCAAAUCAAGUGCACCUAUAGGCCUACUGCUAGCAAAAUCAGAUAAUACAGAUCACCGUGUCUGCACAGUUUCCUCGAGCUAUAGACUGUAAAAAAGAAGCCUCGAACGCGCAGCAAAGUUGAUACUGUGAGAUUUUAAAACUUUUAAAACCAUGACCAGACGGACUCAACGAAUACAGCGAAGAGCUGCUGUUUUUAUAAGUUCAUGUUUAAGUUGAUAUUCAGCACAUUCUCCCUACUUCCAGCACUGCAGCUGUAAUGAACGAGUACAGCAAAGCGUUCCAAUAAGCUUCUGUUGUUAUUAGCGGCUUGUUUUUUUAUAUAUCGAGGAAUAUUUCACUUUCUCUGGUCAUAGGAGUAACACCAUGAAUUGGUGCACGAGGCAGAAAUAAUGCAGUGCGACUUGAGUUUCGCCAUCAGCUGGAAGACUGUGUCCCCUUUACUCAGCGGAGGGAGGGAGAGAGGAGGGACGGUGAGUCGGGUGAGAGGCAGCCUCACCGCUGCUCCCUCCCUCCCCCUCAGACUGACCACCACUGGGCUAGGUUAAUGUUAACUGUUGAGCAGCACCAUCUGAUGAGUAAAGUAUUUUGCAAGACUAUUUUGAAGUGGAAUAAAUUGUGCACUUAUUAACAAUGACAACACAAUUCCAAUCAAAAUAGAAGAUUGUACAAAAUACUGUAGCCUACCAAUACUAUAUCCAACCCAACUCCAUCUGUUGCCACUAUCAUAUAUUCAUUUUACAUUUUACAUUUUAGUUAUUUAGCACACGCUCUUAUCCAGAGCGACUUACAGUUAGUGAGUGCAUACAUUUUGAAAUUCCAGUGGUUUUCAAACGUUUUGACGAGCGACCCCAUAAAAAAGGAGUGGUACAAAACCUUGAUUCAAUCAGCUACAGUCUUAUGUAUGGAGAUGAGCAGUGUCCGGAAAUCUGGAGUCUGGGUCCCGUGGCCCCCCCCCCCCCCUUUUGUAGGCCUGUGAAUCAUAAAAAAAAAUAAUAAUACACUUCUGGUCAAAAGUUUUAGAACACCUACUCAUUCUAGGGUUUUUCUUUAUUUUGACUAUUUUCUACAUUAGAAUGAGUAGGUGUUCUAAAACUUUUGACUGGUAGUGUACAUAUCGUUCUAUUUAUCGUUAUCAUGAUAAUUCAGUCAAUUUAUCGUGAUAUGGAUUUUUGUCCAUAUCGCCCAGUUCUACAGUGUAGUGACUGUUCUGUUCAACACAUCGUUCAUCAGGGCUCUGUGGUUGUAUGCUCUCAUACAUGCCCCCCCCCCCCCCCCCCCCCCCCCCACACACACGCGCGCUCACCCCCUGUUCUUCUCUUCUUCUUCUCUAAGGGCUACACGUCGUUCUGGAACGACUGCAUCUCGUCAGGGCUGCGUGGCUGCAUGCUGAUAGAGCUGGCCAUCAGAGGACGUCUACACCUGGAGGCCUGUGGCAUGAGGAGGAAAAGCCUGCUCGCCAGGAAGGUAGGGAAUCCUGACCAACCGGCUGCUCUGUGUGUAUGUUCACUAACCAAUGAUCAUCUCGCGUGUGUGUGGCCAGCAAGGUGUUGCACUUCCUUGCCUAUAGUCGGAUUACAUGACAUUACAACACUUCUGUCCUGUGUUGCGCAAAUAAAAUAAAGCCACGUUAUGCUGGAUUAGUUAACAAAAUAAAGCCACGUUAUGCUGGAUUAGUUAACAAAAUAAAGCCACGUUAUGCUGGAUUAGUUAACAAAAUAAAGCCACGUUAUGCUGGAUUAGUUAACAAAAUAAAGCCACGUUAUGCUGGAUUAGUUAACAAAAUAAAGCCACGUUAUGCUGGAUUAGUUAACAAAAUAAAGCCACGUUAUGCUGGAUUAGUUAACAAAAUAAAGCCACGUUAUCCUGGAUUAGUUAACAAAAUAAAGCCACGUUAUGCUGGAUUAGUUAACAAAAUAAAGCCACGUUAUGCUGGAUUAGUUAACAAAAUAAAGCCACGUUAUGCUGGAUUAGUUAACAAAAUAAAGCCACGUUAUGCUGGAUUAGUUAACAAAAUAAAGCCACGUUAUGCUGGAUUAGUUAACAAAAUAAAUAGCCUACAUAGAAAUGUAAACGUCUCUGGUUCUGGUGUAUGGGCUCAGGUGUUGUUAUCAUACCAGAAUUUUGACUUCAAUACCAGGUUUAGUAUCACGAUACUCGAUACCAAAACGAAACCAGAAUGCAUAUUAGCCAAAGUCCCAGAAUGGCACUAGAUCCAGACAGAUAAACUCAGCUACUGCUCUGUUCAAUCGUCGGGCAUCUUUUAGUUCAAUAUCAUUACAUUUGAAAAAUUUUAAUGUCCAUUUUUUUUGAGACAGCCAUUUAUUCAUUAAUUUAAUUAAUUAUACCAAUCAUGCUAUGAAUUUGACUUUGUUUUUACCAAUCUAACUACAAAACAACAUCAUGGUAAUAAUUAAUUUGAAUGGUAAAUCUCUAUUGAUAAACUGGGUAAAUCAAGAUGUAGCCUUGGUCUAUUCCCAAUACAGGUGAAUGCAUAUUAUUCAAUAGGAGUGUGUGAAUGUGUGCAUUUAUUUUAAACAUUGUGGAAUAGAGUUCCAUGUAGUCAUGGCUCUAUGUAGUACUGUGAAGAGACCUCUGGUGGCAUGCCUUGUGGGGUAUGCAUGGGUGUCCGAGCCAGUAGUUCAAACAGACAGCUCGGUGCAUUCAACAUGUCAAUACCUCUCUCAAAUACAAGUAGUGAUGAAGUCAAUCUCUCCUCCACUUUGAGCCAGGAGAGAUUGACAUGCAUAUUAUUAAUGUUAGAUCUCUGUGUACAUCCAAGGGCCAGCCGUGCUGCCCUGUUCUGAGCCAAUUGCAAUUUUCCUAAGUCCCUCUUUGUGGCACCUGACCACACGACUGAACAGUAGUCCAGGUGUGACAAAACUAGGGCCUGUAGGACCUGCAUUGUUGAUAGCGCUGUUAAAAAUGCAGAGUAGCGCUUUAUUAUGGACAGACUUCUCCCCAUUCUAGCUACUGUUGUGUCAAUAUGUUUUGAUCAUGACAGUUUACAAUCCAGGGUUACUCCAAGCAGUUUAGUCACCUCAACUUGCUCAAUUUCCACAUUAUUCAUUACAAGAUUUAGUUGAGGUUUAUGGUUUAGUGAAUGAUUUGUCCCAAAUACAAUGCUUUUAGUUUUUGAAAUAUUUAGGAGUAACUUAUUCUUUGCCACCCAUUCUGAAACUAACUGCAGCUCUUUAAGUGUUGCAGUCAUUUCAUUCGCUGUGGUAGCUGACAUGUAUAGUGUUGAGUCAUCCGCAUACAUAGACACACUGGCUUUACUCAAAGCUUUACUCAAAUGUCGUUAGUAAAGAUAGAAAAGAGUAAGGGGCCUAGACUGCUGCCCUGGGGAAUUCCUGAUUCUACAUAGAUUUUGUUGGAGAGGCUUCCAUUAAAGACCACCCUCUGUGUUCUGUUAGACAGGUAACUCUUUAUCCACAAUAUAGCAGGGGGUGUAAAGCCAUAACUUAUACAUUUUUCCAGCAGCAGGCUAUGAUCGAUAAUGUCAAAAGCCGCACUGAAGUCUAACAAAACAGCCCCGAACAAUUUUUUUAUCAUCAAUUUCUCUCAGCCAAUCAUCAGUCAUUUGUGUAAGUGCUAUGCUUGUUGAAUGUCCUUACUUAUAAACGUGCUGAAAGUCUGUUGUCAAUUUGUUUAUUGUAAAAUAGCAUUGUAUCUGGUCAAACACAAUUUUUUCCAAAAGUUUACAAAGGGUUGGUAACAGGCUGAUUGGUCGGCUAUUUGAGCCAGUAAAGGGGUCUUUACUAUCCUUAGGUAGGGGAAUAACUUUUGCUUCCCUCCAGGCCUGAGGGCACACACUUUCUAGUAGGCUUAAAUUGAAGAUAUGGCAAAUAGGAGUGGCAAUAUCUUCAGCUAUUAUCCUCAGUAAUUUUCCAUCGAAGUUGUCAUUGUUGAUAGACAACAAUAAUUUUUUCACCUCUUCCAUACUUUAAGGAAUUCAAAAUUACAAUGCUUGUCUUUCAUAAUUUGGUCAGAUAUACUUGGAUGUGUAGUGUCAGCGUUUGUUACUGGCAUGUCAUGCCUAAGUCUGCUAAUCUUGCCAAUGAAAAAAUUAUUAAAGUAGUUGGCAAUAUCAGUGGGUUUUGUGAUGAAUUAGCCAUCUGAUUCAAUGAAUGAUGGAGCGGAGUUUGCCUUUUUGCCCAAAAUUUAUUUUAGGCGCUCCAAAGCUUUUUACUAUCAUUCUUUGUCAUUUAUCUUUGUUUCAUAGUGUAGUUUUUUUCUUUUUUUUCUUCAGCCACAACAUUUCUCAAUUUGCAAUACGUUUGCCAAUCAAACUUAUUUGCCAUUUAUUUUGCCUCAUCCCUCUCAACCAUAAUUUUUUUCAAUUCCUCAUCAAUCCACAGGGUUUUAACAAUUUUUAGUCAUUUUCUUAAUGAGUGCAUGCUUAUUAACUGGGUUAAGCAAUUUUAUAAAUGUGUCAAGUGCAGCGUCUGGUUGCUCCUCAUUAAACACCACGGACCAACACGUAUUCUAUACAAAGGAAUCGCUACAAAACGUAUAGUAUAACCUCUUAUACACUAUAUUAGGCCCAGCCUUUGGAACUUUGGUUUUCCUAGAUAUGGCUACUAUAUUGUGAUCACUACAUCCGAUGGAAUUGGAUACUGUUUUCAAACAAAUUUCUGCAGCAUUAGUAAAAAUCAGUGGUGUAAAAUACUUAAGUCGUUUUUUGGGGUAUCUGUACUUUACUUUACUAUUUAUAUUUUUGACAACUUUUACUUUUACUUCACUACAUUCCUAAAGAAAAUAAUGUACUUUUUACUCCAUACAUGCUUAGCAGGACAGGAAAAUGGUCCAAUUCACGCACGUAUCAAGAGAACAUCCCUGGUCAUCCCUACUGCCUCUGAUUUGGCAGACUCACUAAACACAAAUGCUUCGCUUGUAAGUUAUGUCAGCAUGUUGUAGUGUGACCCUGGCUAUCCGUACAUAAAAAAUAAAUGGUGCCUUCUAGUUAGCUUAAUAUAAGCAAUUUUAAAUGAUUUAUACUUUUACUUUUUAUUUUUGAUACUUAAGUAUAUUUUUCAUCAAAUACUUGUAGACUUUUACUCAAGUAGUAUUUUACUUGAGUCAUUUUCUAUUAAGGUAUCUUUACUUUUACUCAAGUAUGACAAUUGGGUACUUUUUCCACCACUGGUAAAAAUGUGAUCAAUACAUGUUGAUUUCAUUCCUGUGCUGUUUGUAACUACCCUGGUAGGUUGAUUGAUAACCUUAACCAGGUUGCAGGCAAUAGUUACAGUUUGAAGCUUUUUCUUGAGUGAUGAAAGCUAUUCAUUAAUCACCCAGAAAAUAUACCUCUCUAUUGAUAUCACAUACAGUAUCAAUCAUUUCACACGUUAUCCAGAUACUGACUGUUAGCACUUGGUGGUCUAUAGCAGCUUCCCACCAGAAUGGGCUUUAGGUGAGGCAGAUGAACCUGUAGCCAUAUUACUUCAACAGUAUUUAACACGAGAUCCUCUCUAAGCUUUACAGGAAUGUGGUUCUGAAUAUAAACAGCCACACCUCCACCUUUUGGAAUUUGUAUUUUCUGUAGAUCUUAUAACCAUGUAUUGCUACCACUGUAUUAUCUAAGUGAGUUUCAGAGAUUGUCAGAAUAUGAAUGUCAUCUGUUACUAGCAAAUUAUUGAUUUCAUGAACCUUGUUUCUUAAGCUGUAUAUGCUAACGUGGGCUGUUUUCUAACACUUUUCUGGGAUGCUUGCUUGUUUUUCUUGUUUUACUGGGAAGCUUAUCAAAGGUAGACAUGCUCAGGUUAUUUAUGUUAGUGCAGGGUGAGCUGCACACAGUGGACUUCCUGCUAGGGCACACCACCUCAUUGCUAACAGUAUAAAUCUGGUUCAUAGGCAUAUGCUUACAGCAUACAAUAGCUGUAGGAUCAGCAGAGGCAUUCAGGGCAUUAAGAGGGACAUACAUUAGGUGACUUACAUUGUCUUCCAACGCCCCUGGUGUAAUGUACAUUUGCUGAAGCAUUUUGACAACUCUGCGUCUCAAUGGUAGGGAUUAGCUGAGCUGGGCUUGGGUCAUUGCUAAGUCAUUGUCUCAACGCAGCCUUAUAAUGCUGUGAAAGGAUCCAGGAACCCACAUUAUUUGGGUGGAUCCCAUCCUCCUUAUAAUACAAGCUUUGUUUCCAGAAGGUUUCAAAAUGGUCAAAUGUUACACCCACAGAGCUGCAAUAGUCUCGUAGCCAGUUAUGGAGGGCUAAAAGUCUGAACCAUUCAACGCCACGAUUUAGGGAGGGCAGAGGGCCAGAUAUUAUGGGGUGUUUGUUGGUGUCAAGUAGAGACCCAAUCAGUUCUUUAAAAUCCAUCUUCAGCUGUUCUGAGCUGCCCUUCAUAAUGUCAUUUGACCCCACAUGAACCAUGACAGUAUCAGCCCCCGGUGACUGACGCACACGCUCGGGAAGCAACCUGGUGAUAUCCUGAACUUUUGCUCCAGGAAAACAGCCUUUGCCCCAGGUACAGAUAUAUGCCCCACCAUCGAACUCCCUAUCACAAUAGCCGGAAUGAUCCGGCCUCUGCCGUGUCUCGAAGCUGAUUGCGAGGCCAGAGCCACAGAACUCACCUGAGAAGAGGGCUGCUGAGACGGGCCACAACAGCCAAAGGGACAGAGCUCUGAUCCAGAGAGCACGGCCCAGCGGAGGUGGUCCAGGCUGUGCCCAGGCAGUUGAUUGACUAGGACAGGAAGAGGUAGCUGGAGGGACAUCCACAGCCAUGGAGGGAACACCCAAACCCCCGGCAGAGGACAGCUGGUACAGGGGCUCAAAGUCACCUGGAGUCUUAACAAUGAGCAGCCAUUUUCUGGUUCAAGCCAAUAGAGGGGUGCAGUGGCGGAAAUUGAUCAUAGUCCAGGAAGGUCCCAUUGUAAUCCUCUUGGAUGUUUGGAUAGGAAACAUUAUAAGAUGCCGAUAGUCUCAUGGUCUCACUGCUGAACGCCCACAGUCUUAGAUGCUCCCUCCAUGGCCGUGGACGCCACUACCUACCAGCGCCUCGCACAGCUGUAUUGUCUGUCUCUCGUUGAAUGUGAAAAGAGACAGAGAAGCACGGGGGGGGGGGUGGGUGAUGGCUGGGUCGGUUGACAGUGGCAUGUCGCCCGGCUGUUCCUUGCUACGCACGGGGCCGGCUGUGUGUUAGCGUUUAGUGUAGCCUCUCAGAGCUGUGUCCCCAGUGUCCCCAGUGUCUGUAGUCGUGGGCGAUACAAAACAUACAUUUACAGCCUGUACUGGCCAACAAUUGGAGUCACACUCACACGCUGGAAGUAAGGACUUUCCUUGAGUAGUUCUGUAGAGAGCGUUGUACGAGUUGAGCUCUUUGUAGCCUAGCUCUGUUGUUGGUAUCCAGGUACUAAAGCGUACAGGGUGAAAAAAGUUGAAUCAAAAAAGUUGAGCAAGGGGGAAAAAAAACUAAGACGUUGGUAAAUGUGUUAAAUGCAGAGUUUUGAUUUAAACAGUUAUUAAAAGUUUUUUUUUUAAAUCGAAAAGUUUGGCAGGUAGCCAAGUCGCAACAAACAGCACAGCAGCACGACUACACAAAACUGUGAUGUUGAAGUCACGCCAAUGCUGAAGUCACACCACGUGAGAUGGUGAGGGAGACAAAGUGAAUUAAUAACGUUUUUGGUAACAAUCAGCUUUGAAAUCAGCAGAUUUUACGUUAUGGUUUUGCAUAUUAUCAGUAGUGAAUUCAGCUGUAAGCUAGCAUGGAAAGUUAGCAUACGAUUAAAACGUUUCUUUUAGAAAGAUUAUGGAAUAUAUUUUGUUUCGAUAAGUAUUCAACCCCCUGAGUCAGUACAUGUUAGAAUCUCCUUUGGCAGUGAUUACAGCUGUGAGUCUUUCUGGGUAAGUCUCUAAGAGCUUUGCACACCUGGAUUGUACAAUAUUUUCACAUUAUUCUUUUUAAAAAAAUGUCUUCAAACGCUGUCAAGUUGGUUGUUGAUCAUUGCUAUCUCUUUUCAUGUCUUGCCAUAGAUUUUCAAGCUUAAUUUUAAGUCAAAACUGUAACUAGGCCUUUCAGGAACAUUCAGUAUCGUCUUGGUAAGCAACUCCAGUGUAGAUUUGGCCUGUUUUAGGUUAUUGUCCUGCUGAAAGGUGAAUUUGUCUCCCAGUGUAUGUUGGAAAACAGACUGAACCAGGUUUUCCUCUAAGAUUUUGCCUGUGCUUAGCUAUAUUCCUUUUCUUUUUAUCCUAAGAAAACUCCCUAGUCCUUGCCGAUGACAAGCAUACCCAUAACAUGAUGCAGCCACCACCAUGCUUGAAGUUAUUGAGUGGUACUCAUUGAUGUGUUGUGUUGGAUUUGCCCCAAACAUAAUACUUUGUAUUCAGGACAAAAAGUUAAUUUCUUUGCCACAUUUUUGGCCAGUAUAAUUUUUAUUCUGUACAGGCAUCCAUCCUUUUUACUUAGUCAUUUAUGUAAAUUACGUUAGUAUUGUGGAGUAACUGCAAUGUUGUUGAUUCAUCCUCAGUUAUCUCCUAGCACAGCCAUUAAACUCUGUUUUUAAAAUCAUCAUUGGCCUCAUGGUGAAAUCCCUGAGCGGUUUCCUUCCUCUCUGAGUUAGGAAGGACACUGCGUGUAUUGGUAGUGACUGCGUGUAUUGAUACACCACCCAAAGUGUAAUUAAUAAGUUCACCAUGCUCCGUGAUAUUCAAAGUCUGCUUUUUUUAAAUUUAUUUUUAUCUACCACCAUAUCUGUGUGCGGUACAGAGAUGGGGUAGUCAUUCAAAAAUCAUGUUAAACACUAUUAUAGCACACAGAGUGAGUCCAUGGAACUCCUGAACUUAUUUAGCCAUAACAAAAGGGUUGAAUACUUAUAAAAAAUUAAAAUUUCUAAAAACAUAAUUCCACUUUGACAUUUUAAAUUAAAUUCAGGCUGUAAAUGUACUUAUUUAAGCUCACCAGAAUCUUAGUUUAGACAUUUUUAACAUAAGUUUUAUGACAUUACUUACAACCGUUUUUAAUAAGACAAAAACAUAUUUGAUAAAAUGUACCCUUUAAACCCAUAGGAGUUCCAAAUAAGCCCACCUCUUUUUAAAUAAUCAAUUUUGAAUUCAUUUUCAAAUGUUCAAAACUUACAAACUGACAUUUCUUAUGCACAAUUAUAUUAUAUGAAUCUCCCCUAAAGAUAUUAAAAUGAACUGAUCAUUGCUAUUCAUCAUGAAAGUAGCACUCAUAACAGGGGGGUGUCCAAUCACAUCCACAGAGAUCAGUGUGGACUUCUGUUCUUGCCAACCAGUACACACCUGAUUCAACUAAUCAUAGACGUCAAUCAAGACAUGAUUAGUUGAAUCGUGUGUGUGUGUUAUUGCUUGGUUAGAACAUAAACCUGCACCCACACCCUCCUGUGUAUAAGAUGUCAUGCACAAAGACCAUAACAGACAGACACAACUUUCUGUGAAUUAUCUGAAAGCUGAUUCACAUUUUACUGUACUGCUGUUCUUGUUAAUUAGGCUUUAGGAAGACCAGUUCAAUUAUCUGAAGACCGUUUCAAAUCUCCCUCUCUACGGUUGUAUUACAAAGGUACAGGUGGGUGGACAAAAACACGGAAUAACCUGAAUGAAUGAAAUAAUAAAGUCAACAAAUGUAAUAUACACAACAACUGAAAUAUUUUAUUCAAAGUAAAGUAAUGUGAAUAACCGAUGGUUAAUAAGUGAUAAGCAGUAAUGGACAGUCACUACCAUCAAGGGACUUUUUAAUACUUUUUGUUCUGUGUUGCAGCAUUCAACCCACAGUGCAUUUAAAUGUAAAAAAAAAAAAAAAAAAAGUAUAAAUCAUGAUUAUUUUUUAAAUAAUAGACCCGAAACUGAACCGACCUCAGAAAGCACUAAUCGUUCAGCACUAUUAUCAACAGAUAGUUUGUUGAUAAUAUCCGUACUUUCCUGGUCCUAGGGACACAAAGCGGUACACGUUUUUGUUUUUGCCUUAGCACUACACAUCUGAUUCAAAUGAUCAAAGCUUGAUACGUUGAUCAUUUCAAUCACAGUGUAGCGUUAGGACCCUUUGGGUCCACAGUACCUGGAAUCAGAGGUUGAGAGGCAGACUGGUCAUUGAUCCCAUGUACCAUCUCCUGUCAUUGUGCCCUUGAGCAAGGCACCUAACCCCCCCCCCCCCCCACAAUUGCUCUCCAUCCAGGGGCUCUGCACUGUUGCUGACCCUGUGUCAACUUCUGUGUAUUUGUUGGUGUUGGAAAAGGGAGUAGGAUUAUAAAGUUGUAUUAAAUUCCUCUUUGGAGACAUCCACGUCUUUUAUCCAGCAUAUUGUCCAUCUAGAGAGGGAUAGACUGCCAUGGCGACACUAGCUGGCUCCCCAUGUAGUCCACUGAUAGACUGCCAUGACGACACUAGCUGGCUCCCCAUGUAGUCCACUCAAGGAAAAAUGUCUGCCGUCGAGCAUUAUUGUCUGGAAAAUAGGACAACACAUUACUCCCCUUGCACAGGCAUUUGUUGAAAUGUAUCAGCACAAUGUUGAUGGGACACAUUUCACUUUGACUAUAACCCACAGACCCCAAGAUGAAUAUGAAUUGUUAGCCUAGGCAGCAGACGGUGCAUGAACGCCCAUGGCUAGGCUAAUGAAUUGUCUAAAGCCAAAUCGUCCUCUAAAAUACUCGUCCUCAUCAAUAUUAUAAAAACGAUAAUGGACAGAUACGCAUGCCACUUUCACCUAGUAGUAAUAGACAUAUUAGGUUUUUUUGGAUUAUGGGCUGGCAUUGUUGUGGAAAACAACCACUAUACUUCAUUACAAAUAAGGUCUUACAGAGUUUUUGUUGCAUCAAGUAAUGACUUUAUUAAAGUUUUCAACAAAGCCGAUACCAGUCUGCAGAGUGGCACCCCGUUCUCCCUUCCUCACCUCACAUUAUAUACCAUCAUCCCCAACUCUUCUAGCUCUAAAUCCCUCCCUCUUCAGUUUCCCGCUCUUUAUCACUCCACGCCCCACUUCCUUUGUCCCUGAGGACGGCUGAACUAUUACUUCAACCAAUCACUCGCUCCCCUGUCUUGCACACACACUCAUGUUUUAGUUUAAACAUGACAAGGCCCUAAAUUACACAAACCUCACCCCCCUCAUGCUGUAAUCAGUCAAGAAGAUACCAAGGAGACAAAGGUCUAGCCCAAACUCCAUUCAUCCCUGGUGCCGCUCCUUUCACUGUGUUUUGAAGAGAGACACAAUAGGCCACAAGCUAGUUUCAGUGUCUCAUCAGAUAAGACAACCAUGGAUCUAAGUAAGAGCAAGCAAUCUGACUCUAGGGCAAGUUCCCUCUCUACUCACCCACACAGUGAAAUUAAAUGACCCAAUACAAUUCCUGGCCCAGUAACAAAGAAUGCUAACUUUAUGCUCUUGAUUAACCCAGUUCUUCCUCAUAGUCCAUUAAACUCUACAGUUCAUUAAUAAUAAUUCACCACAGCAUCUUGAUAGAUGUCUAGCUAGCUAGCUAGCUAGCUUGCCUAAUAAUAGAACAUAAUGUAGCCAAGUCCUCUACUUUAGUUAGCUAGCUAGCUAAGUCCAUUGCAGGGCUAUAAAGCUAUAGCUAUAUAAUGGUUGUUGGCACAGAGAGCAGCUUACCAACAAUACAUGGAUGUAGCUAUUAUUGUGUCUCACAGAAUUAGAUAUUCAAGUUAGCAAGCUAACGUUAGCGUGUUAGAGUUGAGACUUAGCGUGUUAGAGUUGAGACUUAGCUAGUUAGCUACUGGCUAGCUAGCUAGAGAUGUUACAGCACUCGCAUUGAGUCAGAUUUAUUUUCCUGUUGCACAAAGUUAGCUUUUUGGGUGGCAUAGAUAGCUUUUAACAGAAUAGACAGCUUUUGUGACACUGGAGUGGAAAACAAAUAGCUAGCAGAUUAGCUAGACAAAUAAGCACAUUCAUGUUAACUGAAGUGACAAGGCAUUUUGAAUGAAUGGCAGGCAAGUCGUCAGACCUGAUGGAUGAGGUCAGGAAUGGAGAUCUGAAACUAACUCGUAUAGGCUUAGUUCAGUUGUUUCAUAUUUCAAAUAGCCUACAGUAAGAUAGACCACUGCAUUGCAUCCAGUACUUGAAUUAUUCCGAAUUUUCUCCCCAAACAAAAUGAAGCCAGUUCACUCCGUGUAGAGGGCUCGCUCUCUCUCCAGGUAAGGAUACAGUUGUGGCCUCGAGCAAGGCACUUAACCCCAAAAUUAGCUCCAGGGUUGUUGCACUGGGGCUGACCCUGUGCUCCUCUCCAGCAUGUGUGUGUGUUGUGUUGGGCUGGGAGGUUGAGAGCAGAGCAGAAGACACAUUUCCAAUGGAACAUUUCAGACAAAUGAAGGUGAUCUUUUAAGCCAUUGAAUGGCAGUAUGGUUGUGUUCUGAUUCUGACCGUGUUUGUAUGUAGCCUAUAGCCUAGUUGGGUUCUGAUUCUGACUGUGUGGUUCUGUUGUGUCUCCAGGUGAUCUGUAAGUCCGAUGCUCCGACGGGGGACGUGCUGUUGGACGAGGCUCUCAAACACGUAAAGGAGACCCAGCCGCCAGAGACGGUGCAGAGCUGGAUUGAGCUGCUCAGCGGUGAGUGCGUUAGAGCCACACUUUAACAGACAGAGUGGUCUCAGCCAGGCUAACCACCGAACAGACAGGUUUACUACUAACAGAGUGGUCUCAGCCAGGCUAACCACCAAACAGACAGGUUAGCUACUAACAGAGUGGUCUCAGCCAGGUUAACCACCAAACAGACAGGUUAGCUACUAACAGAGUGGUCUCAGCCAGGCUAACCACCGAACAGACAGGUUAGCUACUAACAGUGGUCUCAGCCAGGCUAACCACCAAACAGACAGGUUAGCUACUAACAGAGUGGUCUCAGCCAGGCUAACCUAACAGAGUGGUCUCAGCCAGGCUAACCACCAAACAGACAGGUUAGCUACUAACAGAGUGGUCUCAGCCAGGCUAACCACCAAACAGACAGGUUAGCUACUAACAGAGUGGUCUCAGCCAGGCUAACCACCAAACAGACAGGUUAGCUACUAACAGAGUGGUCUCAGCCAGGCUAACCACCAAACAGACAGGUUAGCUACUAACAGAGUGGUCUCAGCCAGGCUAACCACCAAACAGACAGGUUAGCUACUAACAGAGUGGUCUCAGCCAGGCUAACCACCAAACAGACAGGUUAGCUACUAACAGAGUGGUCUCAGCCAGGCUAACCACCAAACAGACAGGUUAGCUACUAACAGAGUGGUCUCAGCCAGGCUAACCACCGAACAGACAGGUUAGCUACUAACAGAGUGGUCUCAGCCAGGCUAACCACCGAACAGACAGGUUAGCUACUAACAGAGUGGUCUCAGCCAGGCUAACCACCGAACAGACAGGUUAGCUACUAACAGAGUGGUCUCAGCCAGGCUAACCACCGAACAGACAGGUUAGCUACUAACAGAGUGGUCUCAGCCAGGCUAACCACCGAACAGACAGGUUAGCUACUAACAGAGUGGUCUCAGCCAGGCUAACCACCGAACAGACAGGUUAGCUACUAACAGAGUGGUCUCAGCCAGGCUAACCACCAAACAGACAGGUUAGCUACUAACAGAGUGGUCUCAGCCAGGCUAACCACCGAACAGACAGGUUAGCUACUGACAGAGUGGUCUCAGCCAGGCUAACCACCAAACAGACAGGUUAGCUACUAACAGAGUGGUCUCAGCCAGGCUAACCACCGAACAGACAGGUUAGCUACUAACAGAGUGGUCUCAGCCAGGCUAACCACCAAACAGACAGGUUAGCUACUAACAGAGUGGUCUCAGCCAGGCUAACCACCAAACAGACAGGUUAGCUACUGACAGUGGUCUCAGCCAGGCUAACCACCAAACAGACAGGUUAGCUACUGACAGAGUGGUCUCAGCCAGGCUAACCACCAAACAGACAGGUUAGCUACUAACAGAGUGGUCUCUGUAAUAUAUACAUGUUUUUUUCUAUUUUUGGUAAUAAUUAAUCAUUAUUUACAUCUUCUCUUAUCAUGCCACCGAUCAAGUACGAUCAUACUCCCAAGUACGUUCAUACUCCCAAGUACGCUUACUGUAAAGAUGACACAGGACACAGUAUAUUUUACAUUGUGUUGAUUUAAGUAAUUAACCCAGACGGACAGGCUUUGUUGCGUGAGAGCUCAGGAGGAAGAGGAAGUGGCACUCUAUUGGCUGGCAUCUCUGAGGCCAAAGGGCAUAUAAACCAGUCCCUGGUGGUCCCAAAGCCCGAGUCCUGGAUCGGAGUACUACAACGGCCUAGUUACCAUCUGUGAUAGGUCCCCUGUAGCUCAGUUGGUAGAGCAUGGCGCUUGCAACGCCAGGGUAGUGGGUUCGUUUCCCACGGGGGGGGGGGGCAGUAUGAAAAAUGUAUGCACUCACUAACUGUAAAUCGCUCUGGAUAAGAGCAUCUGCUAAAUGACUAAAAUGUAAAAUGUAAAUGUGAUAGUAGGCUUUAUUCGGUUUUUAUAGUCUCUCUGGCAGGUCUGUUUUAUGUCUGAAGCUAGAUUUAAACUAAUGUUUAUGGCUACCUUUUUUACAUUUACAUCAUUUAGCAGACGCUCUUAUCCAGACGCUCUUAUCCAUUUUUAGUUGUGUGAUUGCACAACUUGCACAUCUGAUGUUUUGGCUGUGGUUCUGUUGUUUAGAAUUCCUCUGAGAACGACCUGACUCGUAGUCAUAGCAAACAUUCAAAGCCCAGAUUGUGUGGCAGUCGGCUGUAGCCGUCGUAACCAUAAUCUGAGACAAGCUGCCCUAGAACUUCAAGUUCUCCGUUUUGAUUGAUUAGAAAUGUUUUCACUUGUUAGGCACACCUAGCUCUUAGCCUUUCCAAGUGUUUAUAAUGGCGAGACACUUUACAAUAAAAACAAGUCAACAAAUGAGUUAAGACAAACAAAAGGCAAUACAAUGGAAUAACUACUUGCUCUCUCUCUCGCUCUCUCUUCCCCCCAGGCCUUUUUUAUUUGGCUGUUAUUGAGUUAUGGACAUACAGUUGAAAUCGGAAGUUUACAUACACUUAGGUUGGAGUCAUUAAAACUUGUUUUUCAACCACUCCACAAAUGUCUUGUUAACAAACUAUCGUUUUGGCAAGUCGGUUAGGACAUCUACUUUGUGCAUGACACAAGUAAUUUUUCCAACAAUUGUUUACAGACAGAUUAUUUCACUUAUAAUUCACUGUAUCACAAUUCCAGUGGGUCAGAAGUUUACAUCCACUAAGUUGACUGUGCCUUUAAACAGCUUGGAAAAUUCCAGAAAAUGAUGUAAUGGCUUUAGAAGCUUCUGAUAGGCUAAUUGACAUCAUCAGCCCGUCUGGUGUUCAACCUUCCCAAGUUCUCUCACGUCACCCCCCUCCUCCGCACACUCCACUGGCUUCCAGUUGAAGCUCGCAUCCGCUACAAGACCAUGGUGCUUGCCUAUGGAGCAGUGAGGGGAACGGCACCUCUGUACCUUCAGGCUCUGAUCAGUCCCUACACCCAAACGAGGGCAUUGCGUUCAUCCACCUCUGGCCUGCUGGCUCCCCUUCCUCUGCGGAAGCAUAGCUCCCGCUCAGCCCAGUCAAAACUGUUCGCUGCUCUGGCACCCCAAUGGUGGAACAAGCUCCCUCACGACGCCAGGACAGCGGAGUCACUCACCACCUUCCGGAGACAUUUGAAACCCCACCUCUUUGAGGAAUACCUGGGAUAGGAUAAAGCAAUCCUUCUAACCCCCCCCCCCCAAAUUGUAAAGUGGUUAUCCCACUGGCUAUAGGGUGAACGCACCAAUUUGUGAGUCGCUCUGGCUAAGAGCGUCUGCUAAAUGACGUUAAUGUGCCCUUGAGCAAGGCACUUAACCCUAAUUGCUCCUGUAAGUCGCUCUGGAUAAGAGCGUCUGCUAAAUGACUAAAAUGUAAAUGUAAAUGUAAUUGGAGGUGUACAUGUUGAUGUAUUUCAAGGCCUACCUUCAAACUCAGUGCCGCUUUGCUUGACAUCAUGGGAAAAUCAAAAUAAAUCAGCCAAGACUUCCACAAAUUGUAGACCUCCACAAGUCUGGUUCAUCCUUGGGAGCAAUUUCCAAAUGCCUGAAGAUACCACGUUCAUCUGUACAAACAAUAGUACGCAAGUAUAAACACCAUGGGACCAUGCAGCCGUCAUACCGCUCAGGAAGGAGACGCGUUCUGUAAAGUGCAAAUCAAUCCCAGAACAACAGCAAAGGACCUUGUAAAGAUGCUGGAGGAAACGGGUACAAAAGUAUCUAUAUCCACAGUAAAACGAGUCCAAUAACGACAUAACCUGAAAGGCCACUCAGCAAGGAAGAAGCCACUGCUCCAAAACCGCCAUAAAAAAGCCAGACUACGGUUUGCAACUGCACAUGGGGACAAAGAUUGUACUUUUUGGAGAAAUGUCCUCUGGUCUGAUGAAACAAAAAUAGAACUGUUUGGCCAUAAUGACCAUCGUUAUGUUCGGAGGAAAAAGGGGAAUGCUUGCAAGCUGAAGAACACCAUUCCAACCGUGAAGCACGGGGGUGGCAGCAUCAUGCUGUGGGGGUGCUUUGCUGCGGGAGGGACUGGUGCACUUCACAAAAUAGAUUGGCAUCAUGAGGAAGGAAAAUUAUGUGGAUAUAUUGAAGCAACAUCUCAAGACAUCAGUCAGGAAGUUAAAGCUUGGUCGCAAAUGGGUCUUCCAAAUGGACAAUGACCCCAAGCAUACUUCCAAAGUUGUGGCAAAAUGGCUUAAGGACAACAAAGUCAAGGUAUUGGAGUGGCCAUCACAAAGCCCUGACCUCAAUCCUAUAGAACAUUUGUGGGCAGAACUGAAAAGUCAUGUGCGAGCAAGGAGGCCUACAAACCUGACUCAGUUACACCAGCUCUGUCAGGAGGAAUGGGCCAAAAUUCACCCAACUUUAUUGUGGGAAGCUUGUGGAAGGCUACCCGAAACGUUUGACCCAAGUUUAACAAUUUAAAGGCAAUGCUACCAAAUACUAAUUGAGUGUACAGUGGGGAAAAAAAGUAUUUAGUCAGCCACCAAUUCUGCAAGUUCUCCCACUUAAAAAGAUGAGAGAGGCCUGUAAUUUUCAUCAUAGGUACACGUCAACUAUGACAGACAAAAUGAGAAAAAAAAUCCAGAAAAUCACAUUGUAGGAUUUUUUAUGAAUUUAUUUGCAAAUUAUGGUGGAAAAUAAGUAUUUGGUCAAUAACGAAAGUUUCUCAAUACUUUGUUAUAUACCCUUUGUUGGCAAUGACACAGGUCAAACGUUUUCUGUAAGUCUUCACAAGGUUUUCACACACUGUUGCUGGUAUUAUGGCCCAUUCCUCCAUGCAGAUCUCCUCUAGAGCAGUGAUGUUUUGGGGCUGUCGCUGGGCAACACGGACUUUCAACUCCCUCCAAUGAUUUUCUAUGGGGUUGAGAUCUGGAGACUGGCUAGGCCACUCCAGGACCUUGAAAUGCUUCUUACGAAGCCACUCCUUCGUUGCCCGGGCGGUGUGUUUGGGAUCAUUGUCAUGCUGAAAGACCCAGCCACAUUUCAUCUUCAAUGCCCUUGCUGAUGGAAGGAGGUUUUCACUCUAAAUCUCACGAUACAUGGCCCCAUUCAUUCUUUCCUUUACACGGAUCAGUCGUCCUGGUCCCUUUGCAGAAAAACAGUCCCAAAGCAUGAUGUUUCCACCCCCAUGCUUCACAGUAGGUAUGGUGUUCUUUGGAUGCAACUCAGCAUUCUUUGUCCUCCAAACACGACGAGUUGAGUUUUUACCAAAAAGUUAUAUUUUGGUUUCAUCUGACCAUAUGACAUUCUCCCAAUCCUCUUUUGGAUCAUCCAAAUGCACUCUAGCAAACUUCAGACGGGCCUGGACAUGUACUGGCUUAAGCAGGGGAACACGUCUGGCACUGCAUGAUUUGAGUCCCUGGCGGCGUAGUGUGUUACUGAUGGUAGGCUUUGUUACUUUGGUCCCAGCUCUCUGCAGGUCAUUCACUAGGUCCCCCCGUGUGGUUCUGGGAUUUUUGCUCACCAUUCUUGUGAUAAUUUUGACCCCACGGGGUGAGAUCUUGCGUGGAGCCCCAGAUCGAGGGAGAUUAUCAGUGGUCUUGUAUGUCUUCCAUUUCCUAAUAAUUUCUCCCACAGUUGAUUUCUUCAAACCAAGCUGCUUACCUAUUGCAGAUUCAGUCUUCCCAGCCUGGUGCAGGUCUACAAUUUAGUUUCUGUUGUCCUUUGACAGCUCUUUCGUCUUGGCCAUAGUGGAGUUUGGAGUGUGACUGUUUGAGGUUGUGGACAGGUGUAUUUUAUACUGAUAACAAGUUCAAACAGGUGCCAUUAAUACAGGUAACGAUUGGAGGACAGAGGAGCCUCUUAAAAAAGAAGUUACAGGUCUGUGAGAGCCAGAAAUCUUGCUUGUUUGUAGGUGACCAAAUACUUAUUUUCCACCAUUAUUUGCAAAUAAAUUCAUUAAAAAUCCUACAAUGUGAUUUUCUGGAUUUUUUUUCCUCAAUUUGUCUGUCAUAGUUGACAUGUACCUAUGAUGAAAAUUACAGGCCUCUCUCAUCUUUUUAAGUGGGAGAACUUGCACAAUUGGUGGCUGACUAAAUACUUUUUUUCCCCACUGUAUGUAAACUUCUGACCCACUGGGAAUAAAUAAAAGCUGAAAUAAAUCAUUCUCUCUACUAUUAUUCUGACAUUUCACAUUCUUAAAAUAAAGUGGUGAUCCUAACUGACCUAAGACAGGGCAUUUUUACUAGGAUUAAAUGUCAGGAAUUGUGAAAAACUGAGUUUAAAUGUAUUUGGCUAAGGUGUAUGUAAACUUCCGACUUCAACUGUACGUCACAUCGAACACCUCUCUUCUCUCCCCCCUAUAGGUCUUAACACCUCUCUUCUCUCCCCCCUAUAGGUCUUAACACCUCUAUUCUCUCCCCCCUGUAGGUCUUAACACCUCUCUUCUCUCCCCCCUAUAGGUCUUAACACCACUCUUCUCCCCCUGUAGGUCUUAACACCACUCUUCUCCCCCUAUAGGUCUUAACACCACUCUUCUCCCCCCUAUAGGUCUUAACCCCACUCUUCUCCCCCUAUAGGUCUUAACCCCACUCUUCUCCCCCCUAUAGGUCUUAACACCACUCUUCUCCCCCUAUAGGUCUUAACCCCACUCUUCUCCCCCUAUAGGUCUUAACACCUCUCUUCUCUCCCCCCCUGUAAGUCUUAACACCACUCUUCUCCCCCUAUAGGUCUUAACACCACUCUUCUCCCCCUGUAGGUCUUAACACCUCUCUUCUCCCCCUAUAGGUCUUAACACCACUCUUCUCCCCCUAUAGGUCUUAACACCUCUCUUCUCCCCCUAUAGGUCUUAACCCCACUCUUCUCUCCCCCCUAUAGGUCUUAACACCACUCUUCUCUCCCCUAUAGGUCUUAACCCCACUCUUCUCCCCCUAUAGGUCUUAACCCCACUCUUCUCCCCCCUAUAGGUCUUAACACCUCUCUUCUCUCCCCUAUAGGUCUUAACCCCCACUCUUCUCCCCCUAUAGGUCUUAACACCUCUCUUCUCUCCCCUAUAGGUCUUAACCCCACUCUUCUCCCCCUAUAGGUCUUAACACCUCUCUUCUCUCCCCCUGUAGGUCUUAACACCACUCUUCUCCCCCUAUAGGUCUUAACACCACUCUUCUCCCCCUGUAGGUCUUAACACCACUCUUCUCUCCCCCCUAUAGGUCUUAACACCACUCUUCUCCCCCUAUAGGUCUUAACCCCACUCUUCUCCCCCUAUAGGUCUUAACACCUCUCUUCUCUCCCCUAUAGGUCUUAACCCCACUCUUCUCCCCCUAUAGGUCUUAACACCUCUCUUCUCUCCCCUAUAGGUCUUAACCCCACUCUUCUCCCCCUAUAGGUCUUAACCCCACUCUUCCCCUAUAGGUCUUAACACCUCUCUCUCCCUAUAGGUCUUAACACCUCUCUUCUCUCCCUAUAGGUCUUAACACCACUCUUCUCCCCUGUAGGUCUUAACCCCACUCUUCUCCCCCUAUAGGUCUUAACACCUCUCUUCUCUCCCCUAUAGGUCUUAACCCCACUCUUCUCCCCCUAUAGGUCUUAACACCACUCUUCUCCCCCUAUAGGUCUUAACACCUCUCUUCUCUCCCUAUAGGUCUUAACACCACUCUUCUCCCCCUGUAGGUCUUAACCCCACUCUUCUCCCCCUAUAGGUCUUAACACCUCUCUUCUCUCCUCUAUAGGUCUUAACCCCACUCUUCUCUCCCCUAUAGGUCUUAACACCUCUCUUCUCUCCCCCCUGUAGGUCUUAACACCACUCUUCUCCCCCUAUAGGUCUUAACACCACUCUUCUCCCCCUAUAGGUCUUAACACCACUCUUCUCCCCCUGUAGGUUUACAAAAUAAUCCAUACGGGGAUGAUUUCUGUGUUUUGAAAGUUACAUAUCUUGAAAACUUGAGUGCUGACAAGCAAAACAUUUUGGGACUGAAUGACUGAAAUGUAAAUGUAGACAAUGGACUAAUGAAACAAAUACCAAAUAUCACCCCUCCCUCCCCUCUCUCCCUCUCUCCCUCCCUCCCUCCCUCCCCCCUCUCUCUCUCUCCCUCCUCCCUCCCUCCCCUCCCCAAUAGGUCUUAACACCACUCUUCUCUCCCCCCCCCUGCAGGCGAGACGUGGAACCCUCUGAAGCUGCACUAUCAGCUGAGGAACGUGAGGGAGCGCCUGGCCAAGAACCUGGUGGAAAAGGGCGUGCUGACCACGGAGAAACAGAACUUCCUCCUCUUCGACAUGACCACGCACCCUCUCACCAACAACAACAUCAAACAGCGCCUCAUCAAGAGGAUUCAGGAGGCCGUGUUGGAGAAAUGGGUCAACGACCCGCACCGCAUGGACAAACGGCUGCUCGCCCUCAUCUUCCUGGCCCACUCGUCUGAUGUCCUGGAGAAUGCCUUCGCCCCCCUGCUGGACGACCAGUAUGACCUGGCCAUGAAGAGAGUACGGCAGCUACUGGACCUGGAGCCAGAGGGGGAGAGCAUGAAGACCAACGCCAAUGAGUUGUUGUGGGCGGUGGUGGCUGCCUUCACCAAGUGACCUGACCUACCACCUUCAGACACCAGAGGGUUGGGUGGGUAAUGACGAUGGUGGUGGUUAUGGUGUGAAGGGAGAGGGAGACGACAGGACAGUUUGGGGUGGGACAGAGAGGAGAGGGCUGGUCCUCAGUCUGGUAGUGACUUGACUGACUUGAGUUCACCUCCGCCUUUCUGAACAGAAAGGACUGCUCCAGACCUGUCCCAGAAUUUCUGAACAGAAAGGACUGCUCCAGACCUGUCCCAGAAUUUCUGAACAGAAUGGACUGCUCCAGACCUGUCCCAUA